AUGGCAAUACAAAAGUUGUCAUUAAUCACCAUCUUGAUGGUAAUAUGCAAAAUUUUUGGAACUGAGGAACUCAUGGAAAGCCCAGAUUAUCUUUCCCGGGUAACAAACUUGGAUGUCAGCAUUCCAACAGAGGAAUUCAGGCAAAACAGACAAGCUAUCGAAAUUGAAGUGGACUAUGUCAUUGAUAUUGAAGUGACAGUUUCAGAUAUUGCCAUGGUAAAUGAUAUGAGGGACCUUCUAAGAGGAACACCAUUCCCACAUCCACUCACAAAUACCAUUAAAAUAUCUGAGUUUGCCUGGCUGAACGACAGCUGUCUUGCGUACACCCCUUGUGAUGACAUCAUUCAAGGCACAUGCAGAUGCAUCAAUGGAAUACCGUCUGAUGGACAGUUUUGCCAACCACAGCCACGUUCUGUGACAAACAGCACCCCUCCAACAGCUAAUACAACACCUGGUUCUGUAACAAGCACCACCAUUUCAACACCUAAUACAACAGCUGGUUCUUUAACAAACACCACAACUUCAACAGCUAUUACAACAGCUGGUUUUGCAACAAACAGCACCACUGCACCAGCUCUUGCAACAUCUCGUUUGGCAACAAGCAGCCCCACUUCAAUACCUAACACAACAGCUGGUAUGUGUCAGUCAUCAUCAGAUUCUGUCAUUUAUUCCCAGAUCAUCUGAAUCCGUUCUUUUACUAAUCAGCAUAAAUUAGCAUGCGGGCACAGUAAAAA